AUGCAACGUAUUAAAAGCUUCCUCUAUGAAUGCGUGAGUUUCGUCGCGUUUCUGACCAGUCCCUACAUCGCGGGGAAUACUCCCGAAUUUGAAGCAGACCGAGAAAAAUGGCGAAAGGCUUGCACCCAAGACUCAGUGCUGGCAGACUUCACUAAAUAUCUCCAACAUGGCCAUACUUAUCCAGGGCGAGUAUUGAACAAGACAGAGAGCUGGGAUCAAGAAUCGCUAGAAUCGUACCUUCUUACUCAGCUCCCUCAAGAGGGAGAUUAUAAAAUGCUUUUGAGGAAUUGUAUGCCAUCUCUCUGGGACCUAACUGUCUAUUUCGCUCAAUGGCCUUUCAAUACCUCAUCCAGCUUGACAACUCGCUUGACGUUCCCCGCCUUUGUUCGCGCCAUCGCCUUCCUCUGUGGCAGGCACAAUAGGAUGUUUGUGAACUGGGAAGGCCACGAUCAAGUUUUCAAUCGCAGCACAGAUCAGAUAGUACUGGAAUACAUCUUCCGGGCUUUGGCUACUACCCGACCACCAGAGCACCAACCAAGAUCAGCUCCGCCUUCUCAAGAAACCGCCACAUUGUCAUCCCAUCGCGAUGUCCUCGACAUUUUGAGUGUAUCUCAACCAUUUCUAAACCACAGAACAGAAAAUCUCACUCGAGCGGAGCUGAUUCCUACAGCUGAUCGGUUAUCUCCACCAACUCCCCCUGAAUUAUCAGAGCUUAUCAUCCCAGCUACUGGCGAAAGGCUUCGAGAGGUUCUAGAACUCAUUAUUCCGCUUCUUCAGCACGCUAGUCAAUUCGAAAGCCAUAAUGCCUGCUUUGCAUGGCUCAAAGAGCAGCUAGAGGCUGCUCGAACGAAACUAGAGAAGCAAGAGGAAGUAACAUUUGAUGUCUUUCAGGAAUGUCUUGAUUGUGAGGAGUGGAUGAAGAGGUACCGCAAGGAUAUUAAUUUAAUGUACGAUGGUAUUGCUCUUUUGUUCAACACAUUCCCAAAUCCCCAAAGCCUGACAACUGGGAAAACGGCAGAUUUUCUAUGGGCAACCGAGGAGAAUCUAUGCUUAGAUGCAUUGAGACAAUUGGGACUCAGGGCUGCUAGAAAGAGCGAUAUCUAA